UAGAAUUUUCUACUUUGAAAUUUGAAAACCAUCAAUGUCAUCAUAUAAACAUACACUGUUAUGUUUAUUUUUAUAAUCAAAAUAACAUUAUUUAACCUUCGUAGAAAAAUAAAAUAGAAAUGAAUUUGCAAAUCUCACCCGUUGAGCCUCCUUUAAGGCUUUUGGUCGUGAAUCCACUGUUGGCCGGGUCCAAGCUGGCGAUCUCGGAAAUAAUGGCAGGUUCCGUAUUCGGGUACAAUCGCUACAUCGACCUUAUUCUUCUCGUGUAUUGCAAUGAAAUAUCUUUAGCUGAACAGUUCAAAAUGGAGCUCAGAGGAUGUGCCUUUGCAAAUUGCAACAAUAUUGUAGUAUCCUCUGAUUUGCCCAGUCUUUCAGAUGCGGAUGUUUUUAUGUUUAUAUCAAAUUUCAAAAAUCCGAACAGAAUUGAUUAUACUAAUUUACACGACGAAAGGCACUUUGACACGAUGUAUCUUAUUUUGAAAGUCGCCACCAACCUUACCGCUUCGUUGGCCGACAAUGAAAUUAAAGAAGAAGAAAAAACAAAACGUAAGAAAAAUAUACCUGAAAAGAAAAAAGAGAAGCCUGUAAUUGUGGCUGAUGGAUUGAUAACAUUAUAUAUUUUGAGGGAAGUAUGCAAGGAUCUUCCUUCAGAUAUACUCUUUUGUCCUACUCCUGUGCCCGUAGUGGUCAGAUCUGUGUUAGCUGAUUAUCUAAAGACGGAAUUGACUAAAUUUAAUCAUGUACAUGCAUGGGCCGCAGACGAUGAAAUUUUCCAUUUUGAAAUAGAAAAACCUUUGAUAAAGAGCGAUACGCUAGAAGAGAGUCGUGCUUGUGGAAAAGAAGUUAUGGGGAAUGAAACACUCGAAUUGUAUGGCUUUGACUAUUUGCAGUUAUGUGAUAAUUGGCUGAAAACUGAACUGAGAGAAAAAGUCGUAUCUCGUUUAGGAAAGAACCCUUAUGGUUCUAUAUUCAGAGCAUCGGAAAUAGUGAGGAUACUUCAAUAUAUUUGGAAGCCUCGAAUAACCAAUGGCCUUCAGUUGUACAUCAACUUGGGCGUCAUUAGCGACGGCUCUCUGGGUUCACUCAAAGGGUUACCUUGCGUGUUGCCAUUAAUUAUAGAGGGAGAAAAUUGGAAUGUUAACAAAUAUUUUGAUCGAGAUUCAUACAUGCGUACCGAGAUGAAACGGAUCAAUAUAAGGGUGAAGCAUAUUUUAGAGAAGUUCACUCCAUACUGCAGGAAGUUCAUGGAAGAUAACGUGGUCCAGAAGAACUUUGUGCCGGCGGAAGAAGAUAUGAUGACGAUGUCUGAUACUACUACUCGUACCACCGAAGUGUGAUUGAAUAAUGUGAUCAAAAAAAUAGCUAGUCACUUAAUAUGUAAUGCUUUUGAUGGUGGCUAAGUACCAAUAAUUUGUAUAUUUGAUGA